UGCCUCCAGUCACGCGUGUAGAGAGUCGUGUAGUGGGUGAACACAAACAGACGAAUUUCACCGACCUGUUGCGAAGAAUGUGACCGCAAACUUCUUGUUUUCAAAUCAUAGAACCUCGUCUCCAAACUUUGGCACAUUGUUUUGUGUGCGUGUCUUUAACUGUGUAGUUAAAGAAGUCAUGGAGCCGAUAACGAAGUGGACGCCAAAGCAAGUUUUAGACUGGAUGAAAGGAUUGGAUGACAGCCUGCAGCAGUAUGUGAGCAACUUUGAGCGGGAGAAGAUCAGUGGGGAGCAGUUACUAAAGAUCACACAUCAAGACCUGGAGGAGCUCGGCGUCACCAGGAUUGGACAUCAAGAACUGGUGCUGGAGGCUGUCGAUCUACUAUGUGCUCUGAACUAUGGUGUAGAGACAGACAACUUGAAGAAUCUUGUUGUGAGGAUGAGAGCUGCCACCAACAGUCUGCACAUGGCCACAUCCGACCGCAGGAAUAGCCCUGCAUAUGAUGACAGCACCUCACGAAAGCCCCCCAACGACUUCCUUACGUCUGUGGUGGAGCUGAUUGGUGCUGCAAAAAGCCUCCUGGCUUGGCUUGACAGGACACCUCUUACAGGGAUCAGUGACUUCACAGCCACCAAGAACAAGAUCAUUCAGCUGUGCCUGGAGCUCACCACCACAGUUCAACAGGACUGCAGUGUUUACGAGAUGGAGGAGAAGAUCCUGGAAGUUUCAAAGAUUUUGAACAGCAUCUGUGAUCAGACUGUGAGAACCACCUCUGACCCUCUGAUGAGCCAGUCGGCCUGCUUGGAUGAAGUCCAGCUGAACAAUAUCAAACCAGGAGAGGGGCUGGGAAUGUACAUCAAGUCUACCUACGAUGGGUUACAUGUCAUCACAGGGACCACAGAACAUUCACCUGCAGACCUGAGCAGGAAGAUCCAUGCUGGUGAUGAGGUGAUCCAGGUUAACCAGCAGACAGUUGUGGGCUGGCAACUGAAAUACCUGGUUGUCAAACUGAGGGAGGACCCUAAAGGUGUGGUUCUGCUCCUUAAGAAGAGGCCCUCGGGCACAACAGGUUUCACCCCCGCCCCACUCAAGAACAUGCGCUGGAAGCCCCCAGUACCACAGAACAAUUCCUCCAUGAUCAGAACCCAGUCACCCUGCAGCUCAGCUAACGGAUCAACCAAAAAGGAGAAGCCAGCUAUCAUGGACUUAUACAUCCCGCCUCCUCCUCCAAUGCCUUACACUCCACGAGAAGAAAGAACUGACUCCUUCUCCAGCAUUAGUAAAAGACCAAAGGGCUCUGAGUCACCCAACUCCUUCCUGGACCAGGAGAGCAGAAGGCGCUGCACCAUCACAGAUUAUCACAAGCUAAACGUCGGCUGCCCCAUCGAGGCCAACGUGAUUCAGCCCAGAAUGAGGGAGCACAAGUCCUCUCGUGGGAAGCCUCGGCCUCUUUCCAUGCCAGUGGACACCUGUGUUGGAAUUGUAGAUCCAUAUGCUAAGCCCUGGGCACAGGGAAGGAAAGGUGAAGACCUCCUGUACAGAUACCUGAGCAAUGAGAGGAUCCCCACCAUUGCAGAGGAGGUCCCCUCAGUGUCCCCGCCCUACAGGCCAGCUGGCGAACGCCAACUAGUCAGAGUUGACCACAUCAGGGGAAGCCGCUACUACUCCAACUCAGACCUCCACAACAGCGCCACAAUCCCCUACCAGGAGGACUUGAGAAAGGCUCCUGUGGCCCCUGUCUCCAAGCGCACAACGGCAGAGCGCUCACUACUGGGACCUGACUGGCACUCUAGCAGUGACUUCCUCAACCGGUAUAAUCAACCACAGAUACGAUCCUGGUCCUUCUCUCAAGCAGCUGCCUUCCCCAUAUCUGUGCCCCCUUCCAUGGCUGCCGAUGACUACAACCCCGUAUCCCUCCGACAUAAAUCCAAGAAGAAGAGCCGAGGAGGCAAUGGUACAAUGAGCAGGAGACGGAUCUCAGUCAAAGAGCUCGGUAAGCCAGACCACCAGGGCUGGCUGUACAGGAAGAAAGAGAGCAAAGGCUUCCUCGGUAUGAAAUGGAAGAAGUACUGGUUUGUGCUAAAGAGGACAUCUCUCUACUGGUACGCUAACCAGCUGGCAGAAAAGGCUGAAGGAUACAUUGACCUCACCAACUUCAUGAUUGACAUAGCCAUCGAGUGCAAAAAGAAACAUGCGUUCAAAGCUUGCCACCCACAGGUCAUGAUGUUUUUCUUUGCUGCUGAGAGCCAUGAUGAGAUGAAUGUGUGGUUGAAUAAGCUUGGGUUAGCCUCCAUUCAGUAUGAGCCAACAGAACCAAACCCUACUGCUGAGUGUUACAGUGAAGCCAGUGACCAUGAAGAAGCUGAAAGCACCGAGAUUCCCCCGCCGCCUUACUCUGAACAAACCCUGCGGGACUCUGUGGAUGCGUCUGAUCCACCUGGGAGCACACAUCAGGGUACCCUUCCUCCCCCUUACAGCUCUGCAGUCCCCAGUGAAGCCAACGGUUCACUCUCAUCCCCCGUCAGUACGAUGACAUCACAGAGCUCUUCCUCCUCGCUGGCCAAGCACAGGCAGUCCUGGAUGGACCUGGUCUCACAGGCGACCCCUCCAACAAGUGAAACGGCAGUGGUGUGCUCAGUUCAAGUACACUCACAUCAGCCUCCGCCAGCAGAGACAAAAGUAGAGGAUUCUGAGGGGUUGGAGAGCUCGUCUCACCAGGAAGAAAGUCCUGGUGCGGAGGGGGAAGGACAGAGAGUUGUGUCAGAGGUUGAAGAGGAAGGUCAUCAUGGAAACAGCUCAGAUGAGAUGGAGAAGUUAUAUAUUCAUCUAAAAGAGGCAAGCCUCUCGCCAAUAGGAGAUCGUAAACCAUCAACCAAAAGGGAGUUCAGGGCCUCUUUUAUAAAACGCUCUAAAAACCAGACUGUCAAUAACCGACUGCAUCUUAUAAGGACUCUCAACAGCACAUUAAAGGCGAAAGAGGCAGACCUACAGGCAAUAGAGCAGGUGCUGACGGACCCAGAGCUGACAUCAGGCAGGUUCAGAGAAUGGAAGGAGGCCAAUGCACCCUUGGUGCAGGAGAUCUGUGUUAAUGUUCACCAGCAGGUGGCACCAGAGUCCACAAACGCUGCAGCAUCGGAUAUUGCUGCUCCAGUAGCUGAGACCAGUUUAUAAAGACUAUUUUAAUAUUAUUACUGUGCUCUGCACUUAAAGGACUUCAUUUUAAACAUUCUGUGGACACACACUCACGGAAGCACACACACAGACACACAGACACACAGACACACACACAGACACACAGACACACACACAGACACACAGACACACACACAGACACACACACAGACAGUGGUCUUAACAUUUUGUUCAAUAUGUAAUUUGGAUCAAUGAAGAGUGUUUUACAUUCCUUAGUGAAGAUGGCACAAACAUGUUAUGAUAGGCAGAUCACAUUAAAAUGUGAAAUGUGUCGUAGUAUUCCUUUAACUGUUGCAGGUGUAGGAUUAGCCAAUCGUACACACAAUUGUUUUUAUGUUGUAAUGCUGUGAACCUGUGCAUAAGUUGUUUUAUAUUUGUAAUGAUGGAGCAUGAUGAAAUAAUAGAUACAUUGUUCUCUGCAUGGAGACACUUGUUUUUACAGUAUGUUUUGUCUACUUGUGUUUUAUCAGAUGUUAAAUUUUUAACUGUUUUUGGUCAAUUAUUGGUGCCAUGCACCCUCACUGACUGGUACAUUUGCUUACAGUAACUUUUUGAAUAAUUUGUGUUCAUUGUGCAGUUGAGAAAUUACAUGGUUAUACUUACCAUUAAGCCUUUCCCGACUGAACACCAGGGCCUGCACUAACAGAAUAAAUGUUGGACACAAGUCAUGAUAUUUAAA